UGAGGUGUCACUGCCAGUUCCAAAAAAAAAGAAAAAAAAAGGAGAAACUUAAAAUGUGCAGCAAACUGAAAGGAUGGAUGUGCGGCACGGGACCGCAGGACAGCAUUUUUCGCAGCGAGGAGAUGUGCUUGGCCCAGAUGUUUCUGCAGCCGGAGGCGGCCUACGAGACCAUAGCACAGCUGGGCGAAAUGGGCUGUGUGCAGUUUCGGGACAUGAACGAGGGCAUUACCGCGAUGCAGCGCAAGUUCGUCAACGAAGUGCGCCGCUGUGACGAGCUGGAGCGGAAGAUACGCUAUGCCACAUCAGAGCUGUCUAAAGAUGGCUUGAAGGUGGUUGAUCUGAUUGAGGACUUUCCGCCCGCACCCAAGCCCAAGGAGAUCAUAGAGCUAGAGUCGCUGUUGGAGAAAACCGAAACGGAGAUCAUCGAACUGUCUGCCAACAAUGUGCGUUUGCAAACCAACCUUUUGGAGUUGAGUGAAAUGAUUCAGGUGCUGGAAAGAACGGAGCAGUUCUUUUCCGAUCAGGAGUCGCACAACUUUGAUGUGAAUAAGCGUGGAACACACAAGGAUCCGGAACAAUGUGACGGUAGCUUGGGAUUUGUGGCUGGCGUUAUUCGUCGAGAGAGACAGUUUGCUUUCGAACGAAUGCUCUGGCGCAUCUCGCGUGGCAAUGUCCUGGUGCGCAGCUGUCAAAUGGACGAGCCUGUUAAGGAUCCUAAGACGGGUGACAUGGUUUAUAAGACCAUCUUUGUGGUCUUCUUCCAGGGUGAUCAGCUGCAGGGGCGCAUACGCAAAGUGUGCACUGGUUUUCAUGCCACCAUGUAUCCAUGUCCGAGCUCGCAUCUGGAACGUCUGGACAUGAUUAAGAGCGUGCAUGUACGGCUCGAGGACCUCAAGAUCAUUAUCAGCCAAACCGAGGAUCAUCGCUCCUGUGUGCUGAAGGCAAUCAAGAAGCAGCUGCCUAACUGGACGGCCAUGGUCAAGAAAAUGAAGGCCAUCUAUCACACGCUAAACAUGUUCAACGUGGAUCUGGGCAGCAAGUGCUUGAUUGGCGAGUGCUGGGUGCCCAAGCGUGAGCUCGAGGAGGUCGAAACGGUGCUCUCCGAGGCGUCGCUUGCCUUGGGCAGCACCGUGCCCACAAUUUUCAACAUACUUGAGACGAAAAAGACGCCGCCCACGUACUUCCGCACCAACAAGUUCACCUAUGGCUUCCAGGUGCUGAUCGAUGCCUAUGGCAUUGCCGAGUACCGUGAGGUGAAUCCGGGACUCUAUACAUGCAUAUCCUUUCCAUUUCUGUUCGCUGUGAUGUUCGGUGAUAUGGGACACGGAUUUUUGGUCUUUCUGCUCGGCUUAUGGAUGGUGCUCGACGAGAAUCGGCUGAGCAAGAAACGCGCUGGUGAGAUUUGGAAAAUUCUGUUUGGUGGCCGAUAUAUCAUAAUGCUAAUGGGCAUGUUUGCCAUCUACACGGGCUUCAUCUACAACGAUUGCUUCUCCAAGUCAUUUAAUGUCUUUGGCUCGCAUUGGGCCCUGCAGUACAACCGGACCACGGUUCUUACGAAUCCGGCACUGCAGCUGAAUCCGACGACAGAUCAGCGAGGCACUUAUCCCAUGGGUAUUGAUCCAAUUUGGCAAUCGGCUAGCAACAAGAUCAUCUUCCUGAACACCUACAAAAUGAAGCUAUCCAUAAUAUUUGGUGUGCUGCACAUGGUCUUCGGCGUUUGUCUAUCUGUGGAGAAUUUCGUUUACUACAAAAAGUAUUCGUACAUUUUACUUCAGUUUGUGCCGCAAGUUAUUUUCCUGCUAAUGCUCUUCGGGUACAUGGUCUUCAUGAUGUUCUACAAGUGGGUGCAGUAUUCGCCCAGUACCACGGAUAUUGCCAAUUCGCCGGGCUGUGCUCCAUCUGUGCUAAUCAUGUUUAUUGACAUGAUCCUGAUGAAAACUGAGACGCCCUCCAAGGGCUGCACAGCAACCAUGUUUCCGGCACAAAGGGAGCUGGAGACAAUUUUGUUUGUGGUGGCCGUCAUAUGCAUACCCUGGAUUCUGCUGGGCCUACCCCUUUGGACUAUGUGCAAGCGCAAGUACAUGCGGAAGAAUACUGAACACUUUGGUGAUACCAUCAUGGAGACACUUGAAAUCUCCGGCAAGGAGGUGAUCAUAACGGAAUUCCCUGAACACCACGGCAAGGCUGCGCACUUUAAGGACGAGGAGGAGGAGGAAGAAGAGGAAGAGCCGAUGAGCGAGAUCUGGAUACAUCAGGCAAUUCAUACGGUUGAGUAUAUUUUGAGCACGAUUUCGCACACGGCCUCGUAUCUGCGUCUCUGGGCCUUAUCCUUGGCACACGCUGAACUCUCCGAGGUCUUGUGGACGAUGGUGCUGUCUGAGGCUUUGCAGAUGGGCGGCUACGUUGGCUGCAUUGCCGUAUUCAUUAUCUUUGCCGUUUGGGUGUUCUUCACGAUUGCCAUUAUGGUGAUGAUGGAAGGUCUAUCCGCUUUCCUGCACACCCUGCGUCUGCAUUGGGUGGAGUUCAUGAGCAAAUUCUACACCGGCUCCGGCUAUGAGUUUCAGCCGUUGAGCUUCAAGGCCAUGUUGACGGCAGAAGACGAGGCCUAGGCGCUUAUGUAAUUUUAGUGGGUCAUCCAUUAAUAAAAAUCGC